UCAUGAGACGCCGUGCGCGCUGCGGCGUGCGUCUUUUUCACGCUUCUCCUCGACUCGCGCUCCUGCGAAGAUGGACUGAAGCGAAGCUGCGAAGAAGCGAGAAAACAACCAACUGUGGAUACUUGUGCGCGCGUGGAGCGGGGCGGCAGCGCUUACUAUCGGCUCUGAGGGGACCGGGGACCGGGGACCGGAGUCCGGAUCCGGCGGCAUGGAGGAGGACGACGGGCAUCACGAGAACGGGAUCCACGCCGUGAAGGACUCGGACCGGCAGCAGCGGCUGCGGCUCUGCGUCCUCAACGAAAUCCUGAACACGGAGCGGGAUUAUGUGCGGACGCUGUUUUUCCUGCAGUCCGCUUUUCUACACAGAAUCCGACAGACUGCCGACGACCAGCAGUGUCUCUCACCCGAACAUGUCAAGAUUCUCUUCUCGAACAUCGAGGACAUCCUGGAGCUGCACAAAGAGGUGUUGUCCGCCGUGGAGGCCAGCCUGCAGCCCGAGCCGCAGCCCCAGCAUGCACUGGGACACGUGUUCCUGCAGUUUAGAGAGAGUUUCUCGGUGUACGGCGAGUACUGCAGUAACCACGAGAAGGCCCUGCGGCUGCUCAUGGAGCUCAACAAGAUCCCCAACAUCAGGACGUUCCUGCUGCACUGUAUGCUACUGGGCGGGAAGAAGAGCACCGACAUCCCCCUGGAGGGCUACCUGCUCACCCCCAUUCAGAGGAUCUGUAAAUACCCCCUGCUGCUGAAGGAGUUGCUGAAGAGGACUCCUAAGAAGCAUGCAGAUUACCCGGCGGUGGAGGAGGCUCUGCAGGCCAUGAAGGCCGUGUGCUCCAACAUCAACGAGACCAAGCGGCAGAUGGAGAAGCUGGAGGCUCUGGAGCAGCUGCAGUCGCACAUCGAGGGCUGGGAGGGAACCAACCUGACAGAUAUCUGCACCGAGCUGCUGCUUCACGGGAAUCUCCUCAAAAUCUCAGCGGGCAACAUCCAGGAGCGCGUCUUCUUCCUGUUUGACAACCUCCUGGUGUACUGUAAAAGAAAAUCCAGGGUGUCUGGAAAGAAGUCCACCAAGAGGACCAAGUCCAUCAACGGGCCUCUCUAUGUGUUCCGGGGCCGGAUCAACACCGAGGUGAUGGAGGUGGAGAACGUGGAGGAUGGAACAGCCGAUUAUCACAGCAACAACUACACGGUGACAAACGGCUGGAAGAUCCACAACACGGCGAAGAACAAGUGGUUCGUCUGCAUGGCCAAGAACGCAGAGGACAAGCAGAAGUGGCUGGACGCCAUCCUGCGGGAGCGGGAGCAGAGAGAGAGUCUCAAGCUGGGAAUGGAACGGGACGCCUAUGUGAUGAUCGCCGAGAAGGGCGAGAAGCUCUACCACAUGAUGAUGACCAAGAAUCGCCACCUGAUCAAGGACCGGCGGAGGAAGCUCAGCAUUGUGCCCAAGUGCUUCAUGGGAAAUGAGUUUGUGUCGUGGCUGAUCGACAGCGGCGAGAUCAGCAAAGCCGACGAGGGGGUGAACCUGGGACAGGCGCUGCUGGAGAACGGCAUCAUUCACCACGUGUCUGACAAGCACCAGUUCAAGAACGAGCAGGUUCUGUACCGGUUCCGCUACGACGAUGGCACCUACAAGGCUCGCAGCGAGAUGGAAGACAUCAUGUCGAAGGGCGUCAGGCUGUACUGCCGCCUUCACAGCCUCCACACGCCUGUCAUCAAGGACAGAGACCAUCAUCUGAAAACCUUCAAAUCUGUGGUGCCUGCAAGCAAACUGGUGGACUGGCUGGUCUCUCAGGGCGACUGCUCGACCCGGGAGGACGCCGUGACGCUGGGCGUGGGGCUCUGCAACAACGGCUUCAUGCACCACGUGUUGGAGAAGAGCGAGUUCAAAGACGAGUCGCAGUUCUUCCGUUUCUACGCUGACGAGGAGACGGAGGGAACCAGCAGCAAGAGCAAGCAGCUGCAGCGCAACGACUUCAAACUCAUCGAAAACAUCUUGGCCAAGUCCCUGGUGAUUCACCCCGAGGAGGAGGACUAUGGCUUUGAGAUUGAGGAGAAAAACAAGGCCAUUGUGGUGAAAUCUGUCACCAGGGGCUCGCAUGCAGAGAUGGCCGGACUGCAGGUGGGCAGGAAGAUCUACACCAUCAACGAGGACCUGCUGUUCCUCAGGCCGUUCUCCGAGGUGGAAACCAUGAUCAGCCAGGCCUUCUGCAUACGGCGCUCGCUGCGGCUGCUGGUCGCCACCAAGGCCAAAGAGAUUGUGAAGAUCCCCGACAACCCGGACAGCCUCUCCUUCCGACUGUGCGGCUGUGCGCCGCCUCACGUGCACGCCGUCAGGAAAGGCUGGGAGGCGGUGGGGGCGGGGCUUCAGCCGGGUCAAGUUGUCCUGAAGGUCAACGGCAACAACGUCAAUCACAGCGACUUCCAGGAGGUCCUGGAGCACUUCAGCGCUCAGCACACUCACCAGGAAGCUCCAGAACCGUGUCACUGGGUGUACCGAGCGUUCGAGGACGUGGACGAGCUGCAGAGAGAGCGGGCUGCGGGCGAGAAGGAGGAGAGCGCCUUCAGGCCGUAUCCGGUGGAGAACGGCUCCGACCACGAGGAGGAGAACGGCACCAACGGAACAGACCUCCGGCUGGCCCGACUCUCCCUCCUGGACGACCUGCCUCUGGUCAGCCUGACGGUGGACAACGUUCACCUGGAGCACGGCGUGGUCUACGAAUACGUGAGCACUGCGGGCAUCAAGAGCCACGUUCUGGAGAAGAUUGUUGAGCCUAAAGGAUGUUUCAGCCUCACUGCUAAGAUCCUGCAGGCGUUUUCGGACGAUGACAGCCUUUUCGUUCGUAACUGCAGCCAGCUCAUCUCCCAGAGCGACCGAGUCGUCACCAUGCCGCAGUUCGAGUUCAGGCAGAUCUGCGACACCAAACUGGAGAGCAUCAGGCGGCGGAUCAGCAGCUACCAGCAGUUUGCCCUGGAACUGAGGAACAAGGUGUGGCCGUCGUCCAGGCAGGCCGGCGCUCGAGCCCACCCUCUGGGCUGCAUGGACUUCGUUCCCACCAACUGCCACGUCAACCUGAUGCAGGUCUCGUAUCCUAAAAGCACUACCUCCGCCGGCAGGACCUUCAGCAUCCGCUUCGGCCGCAAAAACUCCCUCUUCGGCCUGGACCCCGAUCAAGCACAACUCAACCCCAUGUCCCACACUCAGCACUGCAUGACCAGCAUGGGGGCGCCGUCCUGGAGCUGCUCGGGCCUGGAGGGCGACGAGGCCGACGGCAGCGGCGACGUGUCGGUGGAUGGAGGCGACGGCGGGCCGGACGCCCGGCGGAGCGGCCACGGCGAGGGAGGCUUGAGUUUCCUGCUCAAGCAGGAAGACACGGAAACGCAGGACGCCUACAUCCAGCUGUACAGCCGCCUGGAUGUUGCCGUGAGGGAGAUGAGGCAGUACGUCGCUCAGAUCGACGUCCUGUUGUCGUCGAUCACCGAGCCCACGCAGCUCCAGGGGGAGGGAGGGGAGCCGCCGGUCUACGAGCCCGGCCAGCCCCCCUCUCUGGCCCCCUGCGACGACGGCUGCGACCAGGACAAAGUGGAGCACGGCGGCAUUAAGCGGGUCUGCUUCAAGGUGAACGAGGAGGACCAGGAGGACUCGGGACACGACACCAUGAGCUACAGGGACUCCUACAGUGAAUGCAACAGCAACAGAGACUCGGUGCUGUCCUACACCAGCGUGCGAAGCAACAGCUCCUACCUGGGGAGUGACGAGAUGGGAUCAGGAGAUGAGCUGCCGUGUGACAUGAGGAUUCCCUCCGACAAGCAGGACAAGCUGCACGGCUGCCUCGAGCACCUCUUCAACCAGGUCGACUCCAUCAACAACCUGCUCAAAGGAUCGGUCAUGAGCAAGGCAUGCGAGGAGACCAAGCACUUUUACUCAGACCACAGCCAGCCAGAGUUUCGUCAGACGGAAGACUGGACGGUGCGCUGUCGUUGCAUCAUCCACAAAAACAUCCAGGAGGACCCCUGGAACCUCCCCACCUCCAUCAAAACGCUGGUGGAGAGCCUGCAGAGAUUCGUGGACGAUGGGAAGAACCAGCUCCUCCUGGCUCUGCUCAAGUGCACAGACACGUCUCUGCAGCUGCGCCGGGACGUGAUCUUCUGCCAGGCGGCCACGGGCGCCCUCUGCACGCUGGCCGAGCAGCUGCUGACGGCGCUGCGCUCGCGCUUCAACAACGCCGGCGAGUACCAGGAGGACAGCAAGGAGACCAGCCGGAAGUGGCUGGAGCAGAUCGCCGUCAUCGGCGUCUUGCUGCACUUCCAGUCCACCCUGGCUCCACACCUGAAAGAGGAGCGCACCAUGCUGGAGGACACCAAGGCAGCCCUGUUGGAUUUGGACAAAGUCACUGUGUUCUUCAGGCAACUGGAGGACGAGUGUCUCGUCGCAAACUCCCCGGUGUGUUACCAGGUGGAGGGCAGCCGUCAGGCCCUGAGAGUGACUCUGUACCUGGACAGCUGCCACUUCAGCGAGCUGCCCACUCGGCUGCAGAACGGAGGCAGCCUCAAGCUGAACACCGUCCUCUUCACCAGGGCCCUGGAGCGCCCAGAGGGGGUGUCCCAGCAGGACUACGCGGCCAUGGAGGAGUUCCAGCAGCGCACCAACGCCGUCUCCCUGGAGAAGGUCAAGGCCUACUACCGCAAACUCAGGGCUUUCUAUUUGGAGAAGUCUAAUCUCCCGACUGACUCGAACACCACGGCGAUGAAAAUCGACCAGAUACUGGGCCUUGAAGUUAGAGAUCUUCAACCAAGCAUUUCCAAACUCCUGCGACCCCUCAACACGCUGGACGACCUCUGCCGACUCAUGCAGUCCUACGUGAACGUGCACCCGAACCUGCAGGGUCACCCGUCGGGCGUGAGCGUGCUGUGCGUGUCCUCGGAGCUGUGCAACCGGCUGGGAGCCUGCCACAUCACCAUGUGUGGCACCGGCAUGCAGAGAUGUACCCUGAGUGUGACGCUGGAGCAGGCCAUGAUCCUCGCUCGCAACCACGGCCUCAUGCCGCGCUGCAUCAUGCAGACCAUGGACAUCAUGAGGAAACAGGGGGCGAGAGUCGAGCUCUCGGCUAAAAAUCUCAAGAUCAUGGACCAGAUGCCUCCAUCGGCCCCGAGGCUCUUCAAGCUGUGUUUGCCGCCUUCAGACGGAGAACUGUAAGAAUCCCGUCGCUCCAGACGACCCGUCGCACCGAGGGUGAAGUGGAAGAUCCAGUGAGACGCCACAAUAAAGAGUCUCAACUCAGUCCUACCAUCAGACACUGCCAACAGAGAGACCCCUGUAUCCCCAUCUCACACACACACACACACACACACACACACACACACACACACACACACACACACACACACACACACACACAGGGAGCAUUCCAGCAUGGACCACUAGAGCUUCAGAACCAUGUGCAACACAAGACUGUCUCAGCAACGACGGAGCGCCUUCAGAGAUGAGAGGCAGGAGUUUCACAGCGUCAGCUGCCUUGCUCAGCAACGCUGACAUUGAUUACUCUGCAUCAGGUUCAAAAUCAUCAACAAAAACAAACAAAAAAAAAAAAGAAAAAAGCCUCUCAACAAAAAAGAGGACCUUGCAUUAUUAACUGGAUUAACCAAACUACCUGUAGCUGAGUCGUCCUAGAUGUUAUCCAGUUUGCCCUGGACUGCAGACUGCAGGCUCUCCAUCGGGGCUGGUGUUCCCCAGGGCGCGGUGUUGGGACCCCAAGUGAAGUGAAGUACUUGAAAUCCCUGGUAUGGGUGUAUGAGAGCUGGCCGGGGCGAAGCAGGAAGUCAGAGACGAGACAGACAGAUGGAAGUAGGGAUGGAGGGUGGGGUGAGACGGUGGCGGGGUGGGGGGGCUGUUUUCAGCCCGUUGCAUGUGGUAACUGUGCAAUUACUGUAGGUUUAGUGUGAGUACUGUAUUACUGCACUAUAUGAAGGAUAGUUAUUUAUUGCGUCCAGAAGGAGCGUUUUUAUCGCUUACGUAUACUAUAUCAGGUAUUAAAGAAUCUAAAAGCAUUCCAGCCUACGUAUUGAACAGUAUUUAAAGGACCAAUGGCAUGCCUUUCUUUCUUGUUUAGAUAACUGCUCUUGUGUUUUUGUUUUAUUUAUGCGUAUGGGAUUCGUCAGGAAGUGUUGCAUUAAACUUCAGGGAGUACAAGGGACGGAAGAUCUGAAGCUCGCUGAUCAGAAUCAGGACAGAGGAAGCUAAAGCUAAACCAUCCACGGCUACGUCAGCGGGUCCUUGUGUUGAAUCACUGUU